AUGUGUACUUGCAACGAUCCUUGGGUAGGUNCGAAUCUAGUAGGAUAUCUCACAGUCAGUGAAUUACCGGACACUGACACGGAUUUAGCGGGAAUGAUCACACAGGGAACCGAGGAGUUGGGCAUACCGCAGAAAUGGGAAUUUAAUGAUGUUAGCGAACUGGGAUAUUUCAAAUUGCCUCGCACAAUAGAAAAUGGACAUCGCACGAGUACCGGCAAGGGCUAUCUGUCGAGAGUUUCGCCACGGUCUAAUCUGCAUGUGAUCAAAGGAGCGUAUGUAACCAAGUUGAAUUUCGAUGAUAGCGGAAAAAAAGUUAACUCGGCGAGCUUUAUACUUCAGGACAAAUAUAAGCUGAAUGUGAGCAUUGGCAAAGAGUUGGUUGUAUCCGCAGGCGCAAUAGAUUCGCCCAAGCUGUUAAUGUUGUCUGGUGUGGGUCCAGCGGAACAUUUGGAGCAAUUGAAUAUUCCCGUUGUGCAGGACUUGCCGGUAGGCGACAACUUGUAUGAUCAUGUAAAUGUUUGGACUUUCCUCAAAUUAAGGGAGAAUGUCGCACCGAACUACAAAACGGUCGACAGUCUUGAUAUCGUUUACAAAUAUUUAAUUCAUCAGAAUGGAACAUUGGACAGGACAUCCUCAAUUGCGGGCUUCAUUAAUACGCUUAAGAACGAUUCAUACCCGGAUGUCGGGGUUCUACAUCUAAAAAUCCGACGUAAUAAUCAAGCUACUUUGAAACUAUUCGCUAGUGGUGUUAACUUGAACAAUAAAAUUGCCAAUCAAAUAUCCAAGGCGCUCGAAACAGCUGAUAUUUUAGUUAUGUUUAAUUUUCUUUUAAAUCCCAAAUCUAAAGGCUAUGUGCGACUGCAGAGCGCCAAUUACAAAGCCGAUCCUAAGUUGGUACAUAAUUACUUUAGCGAUUCCGAAGAUGUGGACACUCUAGUGCGGGCAAUGCGCUUCCACGAGCAGCUAGUGAACACGACUGCCUACAAGGCAGCGAACGCUACAAUGCUACUACCCAGUAUUGACGAAUGCGAUGCCUAUGAACUGAGAAGUGAUGAUUAUUGGCGUUGCUACCUUAAGUACUUUUCUUCCACCACCUAUCAUCAGACGGGUUCGGUUAAAAUGGGCCCUGUAACCGACGAAACGAGCUGUGUGAAUCCACGUUUGCAGCUUCGCGGUGUUGACAACGUGCGUGUGGCUGAUGCUAGUAUUAUGCCAACGGUACCCAGUGCCAAUACAAAUGCGGCUGCAGUUAUGAUUGGUGAAAAGGCGGCCGAUUUUAUACGCGAAGACUGGAAGGAUUAGAACAACAUAUUUAUUAAAGUUUGGGUUACUACCACAUCUACCACACAAGGCUUAAAAUCUACUACAUUUUGUUUACAAUUUCCACAUAACUCAAUUCUUAUUAGAAAUAAUAAAUUUUUAAACAAGGUACAUCUAAAUUUGGCUUUAAAUAUACGCGUGCUUUAACUUUUUAAUAUUUCAGAAAUCCGCAUAUUUAUAUUUCCUUAAUGGAAGGAGUUCUUUGUUCCAUCCUAUGGUUAAAUUAUACAUAUACAAAAAUAUAAAUAUGUUUAUUGAAGGAUCGUAUAUUUUAUCAACUUAAUAAAACGAGUGGCCAGUUAGAAAUGUAGACAUUUUAAGUCCGG